UAAAAGAUGCAAUUGAGAAGCGGGAUCCCGCUGCUAAUGCAGCAAAUCAAAGCGCUUUUGAGGAAAAAUAUGUGGGUGGCAGGGAGGAAUAAGUACGCCUUAUUCCAACUAUUCUUCCUAACUUUCUUCUUUAUCUUCCUAAUGUUUGCGCUGGACAAGAUAGGCCACGCCAUUGCUACCGUAGAUCCCACAUUUCGUGACUUGUCUGACCCGCCAUACAACCUCCUCUCGGAGCCAAUACCGCCUUGCGAGGAGUUUAGUGUAAUCCGUCCAUGCUAUGACUUUGUUUGGAGUGGCGGACCUUCCAACUCCAACUCAAGGAUUCAACGUAUUGUUGACGCGAUCAUGGCUAACAAUCCUGGUCGACCCAUUCCACCUUCCAAGGUAAAAUCAUUCAAAACUCAAAAGGAAACAGAUGCAUGGUUUCUAAGUAACCCUGCACGCAGCCCAGGAGCUCUGCAUCUUGUUGACAGAAGCAAGUCUGUCAUCAGCUAUGGAAUUCAGCCUAACUCUACAGUAAUCUAUAUAAUUCCAUACCUAGAGACCUCUCUCAAAUUUCAGAUUCCCCUUCAGAUGGCAGCAGAACGCGAAAUCGCUAGAACCCUUCUUGGAGAUCAGAAUUUCAACUGGAGUGUUGGCAUGAAGCCGUUUGCACACCCGCCCAAGCAGAGCAAAGGAGCCCAACUGUUUACUUUUCUUGGAAAUAUUUGUUUUAUGCUGAUCACCACCCAGGUUUUCCAGAUUCAAUUGAGCAACUUGAUCAUAGAGAAAGAACAAAAAUUACGUCAGGCUAUGAAUAUAAUGGGGCUCUAUGAUUCUGCUUACUGGCUUUCCUGGCUCGCUUGGGAGGUUAUCAUGACUCUCCUUGUUUCACUAUUCACAAUGAUCGCAGGCUUGUGUUUCCGGUUUUCAUUCUUCACGCGCAAUAACUUUAUUGUUGUGUCCCUUGCAUUCUACCUUAACCUACUUAGCAUGACGAGUAUUGCCUUCUUGGCCUCAACUUUUAUCAGCCAAGCACGCUCAGCAAACCAGGCAACAGUUUAUGUCCUUGUUGGCAGCUUUGCCAUUCAGCUCGUAGCAAAAUUCAUGAAGGAUAACCAGAUAGUCAAAAUUAUCAAGCAUAUAGUGCCAGUAAUCCCGUUUGCCAAAGCCGUUGAUAUGCUAACGACAGCAGCUACAAGCAACAACGGGAUGAGCUGGAAGGGACGGAAUAAGUGUCCACAGGGUGAAGAUAGCGAACCAUGUAUUUUCACGAUGGAUGGUGUAUUCAUUAGGCUCAUAGGAGCCUUCUUUUUGUGGCUUCUGGUGGCUUUAUAUUUAGACAACAUACUUCCAAGUGAGAAUGGCAUAUCCAAGUCACCGUUGUACUUUCUGAACCCAGGGUACUGGACAGGAGGAGGAGGAAUUGGAGCUUUUGAAAGUGGCAUUUUCAACUGUACAAAAUGGCUUCCAAAACCUGAGACAGUUACACCAGAUGAUGAAGAUGUCCUUGAAGAAGAAAACAAGAUUAAAAAGAUGAUGGACAAUGGUAUGGUGGAUCCAGAUGUUGCCGUUCAGAUAAGAGGUCUUAUCAAGACUUUUCCAGGAAAAUUGAAUAAGAAAUUAAAGAUGUCCCCUCCUUUUCACUCUGUUAAGGGCUUAUGGGUCAACUUCCCUAAGGAUCAGCUCUUUUGCCUCCUCGGGCAUAAUGGGGCUGGAAAGACCACAACAAUCAGCUGCUUGACUGGUAUAGUACCAGUGAGCGGAGGAGAUGCACUAAUAUACGAUCAAUCUGUUAGAAGUUCUGUUGGAAUGUCCAACAUCCGAAGAAUUAUAGGUGUUUGCCCUCAGUUUGAUAUCUUGUGGAAUGUAUUAAGCGGUGAAGAACACCUGGACCUUUUUUGCAACAUAAAAGGCCUACCUCCUGAUUCAAUCCCAACAAUUGUUCACAGAUUACUAGAAGAUGUUCAGCUGGCUAAAUCAGCUAAAGUCCGAUCAGGUAGUUAUAGUGGAGGAAUGAGACGGCGUCUCAGUGUUGCUGCAGCCCUUAUUGGUGACCCAAAAUUGGUUAUUCUAGAUGAACCGACUACUGGUAUGGAUCCACUUACUAGAAGACAUGUCUGGGACAUUAUAGAAAGUUCAAAAAGGGGGCGAGCCAUUGUUCUAACAACACACUCGAUGGAAGAAGCUGAUGUUCUAAGUGAUCGUAUAGGGAUUAUGGCAAAGGGAAGGCUACGUUGUGUAGGAACACCGAUUCGAUUGAAGAUGCGGUUUGGGACAGGUUUUGUUGCUCAUAUGAACUUUGACAGCAAAGCAGGUGAAAUAGGCAACAAAGCUCGAGAGGGGCUAAAGCAAUUGUUUAAAACACAAUUGAAUGUUGAACCCAUGGAGGAGACCAAGUCAUAUACUAGCUACAUCAUUCCCCAUGAGAAAGAACCAUUAUUAAAGAGAACUUUUGGCGAGGUCCAAGAUAGACAAAGUGAAUUCGGUAUAACAGACAUCCAGCUCGGUCUUGCAACUCUAGAAGAAGUCUUUCUGAAUGUUGCUAAACAAGAAGAAAUGGAAAAUGCUGCUACAGAGGAGAAACUGGUAACUCUAAGUCUGACAUCUGGUACCUCGAUACAGAUACCGGUUGGAGCCAGAUUUGUUGGGAUUCCAGGAACAGAAUCUGACAAGAAUCCUCAGGGAACUAUGGUGGAAGUGUACUGGGGAGAAGGUGACAAUGGUGCUCCCGAAAUAUUGGGUCACUCGCCCGAAAAGCCUAUACCCCCUGGGCUAAACUUAACUCUCCCCAAGUCAACAACAACAAAAACAGAACUUCGAGGAAUUGUCAUUCAUCCUAGCCAGAUUUCCGGCGAAUCUUUCGCCUAAUUAAGACAUAGACUAAUCUUUCAUAGCUCGAAAAUGAGUAGUCCAUUUAAUUAAACAUAAGUAAAUCUUCCACUUUUCUCAGUAUAUUUGAUAUUAGACACAAUAGGUAGGAAGAUUAGAAGACAUUAUUGUAGAUACUAGACUUAUUUCUCAGUUGUAGAUUAGAGGAGAGAAAAUUGAUUUCUCCCCUACACUUUGUAACUACAUUUUAAUGUGCAAAAUUAGAAAGAAAAUUUCUAUUUUAACUCAAAUAUAUCCAUUUGUAGUAGUACCAAAUGUUUUUCUUCAUAUGUAGGCAGUAGAAAACAAACAAAAAAAAUUCAGUAUUUUGAUUUGCCUACAAUUAAGGGAUACGA